AUGUGUUUUCACAAGAAUGGGUUUCCGAAGCGGUUCAUUGAACGCAUUCUAUAUUAUCUUGUGAAAACCCAGAAGCAACGAAAGGCGGCGCAUGAGAAUAAAAAGAAUGACGAGAGCGGUGUAGUUGUUGUCGCCGCCGCCAGUCAGCCUUUCGUCGGCCCGAUCGCCGACACUACCUUGACUGUCUCAAUCUUGUCCAUGACACCUCCUUCAGUUGAUGAUUCUCUCACUGUUCUGUCUCAUUUAUCUAUUCCAAAGCCUGUUGACUACAAAGGUAACCAGGAAAAAGCUUAG